AUGGCGGGACUUCGCCCCGGCGAAACGCCCUCCUUCGACAAUAACCCUCAAAUCGCUGCCGAGAUUAAUCGUGAGAAGACUGACGCCACCAAUGAAGACAACAGCUCCGACCUGAGCGACAACACCCGCGCUGAACCCCGUGACGAUCCCUCUGGCGCAUUCAAGGACGGCGAGGGAGCCAAGCUUGACAAGCGCGGCACCUAUGACAAGAUCGAAAUCACCGAAGAAGACUGCUACGACGAGCUUGGAUACGGCUUCUCCACGGCCAAGAAGUGGACCAUUCUGAGUAUCGUCUUCCUGGUCCAAGUUUCGAUGAACUUCAACACCUCGCUCUACUCCAAUGCCGUCCAUGGCAUCUCAGAAGAGUUCGGCGUCAGUGCUCAGGCCGCCCGUUGCGGUGCCAUGAUCUUCCUCGUCACCUACGCCUUCGGAUGUGAGCUGUGGGCUCCCUGGUCGGAAGAAUUUGGCCGCAAACCCGUUCUUCAGGCCAGUCUGUUUCUGGUCAAUAUCUGGCAGUUGCCUGUUGCACUCCCGCCCAACUUUGCCACUAUCCUCGUCGGCCGCGCUUUGGGUGGUUUCUCCACAGCCGGCGGCUCAGUCACGCUAGGAAUGGUCGCCGACAUGUGGGAGGCCGACACCCAGCAGUAUGCCGUUGCCUUCAUCGUCUUUAGCUCAGUCGGUGGUUCCGUCCUGGGUCCUAUCGUGGGAGGCUUCGUCGAACAAUUCCUCGCAUGGCGCUGGAACAUCUGGAUCCAGCUCAUUUUCGGCGGUGCCGUUCAGAUUGCUCACCUGCUCCUCGUCCCCGAGACUCGCAGCACCAUCAUGAUGGAUAGAAUCGCAAAGAAGCGCAGAAAGAACGGCGAGGAUCCCAACAUCUACGGUCCCAACGAGCUCGAGCCCUUCAGGGAGCGAUUCUCGAUGAAGGAGACCAUCUCCAUCUGGUUACGUCCGUUCCGCAUGUUCGUUACUGAGCCCAUUGUCUUGGUCCUGUCCCUGCUGUCCGGUUUCUCCGACGCUCUGAUCUUUAUGUUCAUCCAAUCCUUUGCGCUUGUCUACGAGCUGUGGGAUUUCUCCAUUUUCGCUGUUGGUCUGUCCUUCAUCGCCAUCGGUAUCGGCUAUUUCAUUGCCUGGGCCAGUUUCAUCCCAGCCAUCAAGCGUAACAUUAGGCAGCGAGCCAAGUUCCCGGACGACGAACGCGUUCAAUACGAGUCUCGUCUGUGGUGGUUGCUCUGGACCGCGCCUUGUUUACCCAUCGGCCUGAUCAUCUUUGCCUGGACUUCGACUGGCCCGCCUCUUCAUUGGAUCGGCUCAAUGAUUGCCGCUGCCAUAGUAGGCAUUGCCAAUUACGCCAUCUACAUGGCCACCAUCGACUACAUGAUCUGCGCCUAUGGCCCAUAUUCAGCCUCUGCUUGCGGUGGUAACGGCUGGGCUCGUGAUUUCUUGGCUGGUGUUCUCACACUACCCGCCACUCCCUUCUACACGAACAUCGGCAAAGAUGCUGGCGGUAACAAGCAUCUCGCCUACGCUUCGACAAUUCUGUUCUGUAUCGCCACCAUUCUGGUCUUGGCUGUCUAUGUGAUUUACUGGAAGGGCCCCGAGCUUCGCAAGCGCUCACCUUUUGCUCAGCAACUCGCUGAUGCCCGUACGGAUAAUGAGGGUAGGCGCCUCAGUUACAUUCCGUCUGGAGAUGCUCGUAGGGCGAGCUCAGCUUGGGGCGGAAACGCCUCGAGACGACAGAGUUAUGCGGAGUCCACCGAUGCCCGGAGACGCUCGACAGCGGCCAGAAUCGAAAAACAAACUCGCCGCCGUAGCCAGGCUGGCGUCGCAACCCAAGACCAUGCCGUUUAG